GCGGAGGGCGGCAGCGCAUGCGCGGUGUACGGGGCGGGGGGCGCUGAUGCAAGAGGCGAGCGCGGCGGCGGGCAUCGGCACAGCGCUUCCCUGAACGGCCGCUGCUUCUCGUGAACCGCGCCGCUCCCAGCCCGGCCGCAGCCAUGUCGGGCGACGAGAUGAUUUUCGAUCCCACUAUGAGCAAGAAGAAGAAGAAAAAGAAGAAGCCUUUUAUGCUGGAUGAGGAAGGAGGGGAUACACAAGCGGAAGAGACUCAGCAGUCAGAAACAAAAGAAGCUGAACCAGAGCCAACAGAAGACAAAGAUGUUGAAGCAGAUGAAGAAGACAGCAGGAAGAAAGAUGCAACAGAUGACCUGGACGAUUUAAACUUCUUCAAUCAAAAGAAAAAGAAGAAAAAAACAAAGAAAAUAUUUGAUAUCGAUGAAGCAGAAGAAGGUGUAAAGGAGUUGAAAAUUGAAGGAGAUGUGCCAGAGGCAGUAGAACCUGAAGAUGACCUUGAUAUCAUGCUGGGCAAUAAAAAGAAGAAAAAGAAGAAUGUGAAGUUUCCAGAUGAAGAUGAGAUAAUGGAGAAGGAUGAAGCUUUUGAGGAUGAAGAUAGCAAAAAAGAUGAUGGAAUUUCUUUUAGUCUUCAGUCAGGACCUGCGUGGGCAGGCUCAGAAAGGGACUACACAUAUGAUGAGUUGCUCAACAGAGUAUUUAACAUCAUGCGGGAAAAAAACCCAGACAUGGUAGCUGGUGAAAAACGAAAAUUUGUCAUGAAGCCUCCACAGGUUGUAAGAGUAGGGACCAAGAAAACAUCUUUUGUCAACUUUACAGAUAUCUGCAAAUUAUUACAUCGUCAGCCAAAACAUCUCCUGGCAUUUUUGUUGGCAGAAUUGGGUACAAGUGGCUCAAUAGAUGGUAACAACCAGCUUGUAAUCAAAGGAAGAUUCCAGCAAAAACAGAUAGAAAAUGUCUUGAGAAGAUAUAUCAAGGAAUAUGUCACCUGUCAUACGUGUCGGUCACCAGACACAAUCCUACAGAAGGACACCAGAUUAUAUUUCUUGCAGUGUGAGACCUGCCACUCUCGCUGCUCCGUCGCCAGCAUCAAAACUGGUUUCCAGGCUGUCACAGGCAAGAGAGCACAGCUCCGUGCCAAAGCUAACUAGUUUGCUAAUCAACACUGGAUUUUGCAAAGUGUUCUGGGGAGAGAUGACUGGACAGGUUUACAAUCGGAAUGGAUUUACCAUUGUAUUAAAACAAGAUUGUAAAAAUACUACGAGGUAUUUGGCUUUUGAUUGAUUGGUCUGUGAAAUCCUUGCAAGAUGCAGAUCCUCAAGCUGUUCACAUACAUUUGCUCAUUGAAUAUGUUUUACCAACUGUAAGGAACGUAAUGGGAAAGGAGGUGCUUUUUAAUCCAUUCAGACUUCUGUAAAACACAAGAUAAAUUAAAGAUACUAUAACAGUGAGUGUCUUCGAUUUGGAUUUUUCCUUCAGUUUCCUCUUUAAACAUGGGAAUGGUUGGCGUGUUGUUCUGCAGAUCAUUUUGCUGAACUAUGGCCAAGACCCAGAAUAAAGUUUAAGAUAAGGGUUAUUUUGCUUUUACAUAACAAGCUUAUUUUUAGUUGGGCUAUCGUUAAAUAGAGAAACCUCUCACAGAAAGUCCCGGCGAUGAUAAACCUGCUUGUGCUUUUAUAGCCACAUUAAUAUGGGAAUAAAGUUUGCAUGAGAAGUGACAUCAGGACAUGGUGAUGCUGCUUAAUUAGGCAGAAUGUAGCUCUGAAAGAGUUCAGACACCAUAUUGAUGCUGAAUCUUAACAUAGAAUUGAUAAACUGUACUGUAAGCUUUUAUAGUGUCAUAGUACUAAAUCUUGAAAUUUCUAAUAGAAACAUUUGUAUUUCAAAGUCCUGCACUCUUCACCACUUUAAAAAGAAUCCAACUAAAUGGAGCAAAAAUGAAAAAGGGUAUUGAGGUAAUCACCAUGUGGUGGCUGCAACACCCUUUCUUGCAUAAAUCCUGAAUUUACAGAAGAUACUGCCAAGUAGUUUGAGUUCCAAAUUAACACAUUAUGCUUCUUGUUCAUAACGUGCACUUCCCUCUGCUCACAGUCGGUGAUCUCUAGGGGAUAUGCAUAGUGCUGCUCUAACUGUUUUUUCUAGUGCUGUGGAAAUUUUGUUACAGCUGCCAAGUAUGAAGAUGCAAAUGGGGAGUGAAGUCCCUCUUGGACAGUUUGAAUUAAUCCCUGCAACGGCACAGGGUCAGAUGAGGUGUAGGAGGUCCUGUGGCACCCAUCCCUGCAGGCAGGCAGAGUGGCCUCCUCCCCAGAGAAAAGGAUGGUUGUUCCUAAUGCAGUUCUGCAAGUAUCAAACUGAAGGUUUCUACAGAGUUUUAAUCUUUCUAUGUACGUUAAUACCGAAGACAGUCUUGCUGGGAAGUCACUUACUUGCUACUUGAAAACUUGACAGCACUGUAAGGCAAAAAUCAAGGUUUUAUGGUUGGUUUCUUAAAAACAUUUUAAAUAUCAAGUGAGCUAUAACAAAUGUUGGAUGUAUCUAUAAGUGAAUAAAGCCAGGAUCAGUGCCUCUUGUAACAUCAUUGUUGUAUUCUUGUUUUUUUAUCUAGCAUUCUCCUGCUGGAAGUAAAACUUUCAGGAGAACUGCUAGUUGCCUUUUUAUUUCGGUGAUUUGGUGAUGAGACACAUAGCUGAAGAACAAUGGUGCCUCCUAUUUUUAAAUGCUUUUUCGGUGGUGAAAUACCCCUAACAUACUUAAAAAAAAUACAGGAAGGCCUUGAGCUGGUGCUGUGUUUUAGUGCAUUACAUAUAGAGUUUGACUUCAGUAUAUUUGGGUCAAAAUGAUCAAGUUAAUGAGUAAAUCAUUUUUCAAACCCAUUACCUGUGGUUUCUCCUGGCCCAUAGGAGAACUUUGUGGGUGGGUUUCAUAGUAUAUUUUGAGUCUGUGCAUGAAAUCCUGAAGGCCUUGGUUUUGACGACCAAUAUGUGAAACAUCUUGAGCUGUAGGCUCUUAAUUUACCUGUGGAACAACCUCACUGAUGCAUGGAUAGUCCUUUGUGUCCAGGAGCAGGUUUGAAUUGAUUUUUAUUUCUUUAAUAAACUAAACACCUUUUUCCAUUGUACACUUCAAAAGCAGCGUUGUGUGAACAUAAAUGCUUCUUGCUGCUUGUAAGGCUGACAGAAGUUUGAAGUGCAGGCAGGUGUUAAGAAGAAAAAGAGUUUAAAACUUAAGCUGAACAUAAGUAAGCAGAUGAAGGAUGGAGUUCUUAACAGAAUGUGGUGAUGCCUUUAUUCACCUUGGGCUUGUGCGCAGGCACGUGUUUGGAGGCAAACCGUCUUGAUUCUCCAUGCUGUUUUUUUUGCUCUGCCAGCUGAAAAUUGGCUCUAUGGUGCUGGUGGUGAUGCAGGAACCAGAUUUUUGUAGGUACUGAAAGACAAACUCCCUGUUUGAAUGAGCUGGGGAGCAGCCUGGGAGCCAGCAAAGAGUGCAGUCCUGUGGCUUUGCUGCUCCUCUCCGUGGCUCCUGCCUUGCCCAGGGCUCUCAUGCACCUUGUCAAAGCACUCUAAGCUCUUGCAGAUCUGUUCCUUUCCACGCAUUGUGCAACACAGCUUUCAGCUCAGAACAUGCAAAAGAAAAUCUGAGACUUGUCUGUGGAGGCCCUACCAGAACUACACGGAAGAGUUGUAUGGCUGUCAGCUUGACAGUUGCUGAUAUCCUUGUAAGAACACUCAUCUCCGUAACCCGCUUUUGCCAGGUAAAUUAUUUGAUCUCCAUUGUGUCGUCACGGGGUUGGAACUCGAAGGCUUGGGUGACCUUGCUCUGGUCGCCGAAGUAACCAGUAAAAUGGAAAUGGAUGUAGUUACGUGGUUUAGUAAAGAUACAGUGGGAUCAGCCACCUGUGAGGUGGUACAGUUCUGUUCUUCUAAAAUAACUUUACUGUUGUAUAUAUGCGAGAUUAAACUUUUGAUGGAAACCAGAGCAAGGAUUUUAGUAGCAUUUUUAUAACCAAAAAUGGUGUGGAGGAGAAGUAUUUAUUAUUCUUUUCCAUGGAGAGUGAGGAAUUUCUUGUUAAUACUGUGCGUGGUCAGCAGAUGUUUUAUCCUCCAGACAACAUACACCGCAUGUAGAAUCCUGGUUUGUGUUGGCUGUCCCUGCUUGAUAGGAAAGCCUGGUCACCUGAGAUUGCCAGCAAGGAGAAAAAGAGAUUUUAAAGCCUCUGUUGCUGGAAACAGGACAAGAUUUCUCACAAACUACACUAGAUGUUCAACUCUAGUCAGGCAAAAGCGUGUGCGAUGGUAUCUAGUGGAGCAGGUACAGAAAUAGAAACCAAGAAAGCUCUGAAAUCCAAGAGAAUACGAAGCUGAGUGUCAUGCUGACAGCUAAGAUUCAUUAGAACCUGUCUGUUAGUGUUUUAAAUGACAUUUUUCUAGGGGUUCUGCCACUCUGCGCAGGUUUUUUUUGCUAGAGGUUUAUUCUAGAUUGCUGGACUGAGAAGAAUAUCCAAGCAAGAGGGAGGCCAAGCUUUGAGAAAGAGUUGAAAGCAGAUGUUUAAGAGAAACUAGAAGCUGCACAUGAAUGAACAGUGCUGUCUUCUUACCUGGUGUAUUUUUCCAUCCAGUAAGCUCACUCUUCCCUAGAAACAUGAAGAACUCAAAUGCUGGGGAAAAAGGGCCAGAAACACCCAAGUUGGAGAUAGCGAUCAGAUAUCAGGACAAGCCUGUCCUGCUGAAAGCCUCUCAGGCUUUUCCAGCAGUGCCUACAGUUAAAGCGUGCAGAUGUUUGGAUUCCUGCAGUGUUUGUGGGGAUCAGCCAGGGCUCAGUUGGACCGAGAUGGCUCUACUCAUGUUCUGCUCUCUGCAUUAUGGCAGUUAACCUAAGUCACAGCUUGCUGUAAUCUCAGGGGUGUCUCGGCCUUGGGAAGACUUCUCAAAUGACUCUAAUAUGGGUUAAUAGCUAAAAGGGUUUUGGAUAAACACUCGAAUCCUGUGGCAGAGGUGGGAGCGGAGCUCCGUGUGUCCUUUGCCUCAGUACACCUUCAAGUGGAGAGAGCUGAUGGAAAAGAGUUGCUCUGAUCCUGAAUGGUUGCUUAAAUGCUCUUGUGACAGGAGAGGAAAAAAGACUUUGGAAGGAAGAUAAUACUUGGAAAUUGUGGAAUCCUAAAAGGAAACAAGGUCAGGGGCUCUUGCUGAUAUUUAAUACACACUACCUCAGCUCUUUGGCUUGAAGGGACCUCAUGCAGCUCCAGUCCCUCGGCCAAGAAAUCCAUUUUCUUCAGCUCUUUCUGUAGUUUAU